AUGCCCAACGAUGGGAAAUUUUUAAUUGGUGAAAUCCAAACAAGAAACUUGGUCAAAGCUUGGAAUGUAACUCAUCAUGAACUUAAUCAUUACAAGUAUUUCCAGUCAAAAGCUGGAGUUCCUGAAGGAAAAUUCAAAAAAUUAAUUUUAGACGUUGCAACACGAUGGAAUUCGGUUUUUUUCAUGAUUCGAAGAUUUUUAGAAAUUAUGUUUUUUCUAAGCCCAAUUCUACUAAACGAUAUAACUGCGCCUAGUAUGCCGACUGCCAUAGAAAUGAAUAUCCUUCGACAACUGCUUGAGUUACUACAACCAUUGGAGUUUGUCACAAAAGAAUCCUCUGGGGAAAAUUACAUAACCAUUUCAAAAGUGAUUCCCAUGAUUAGCUGCCUACUAAAACAACUGGCCCAAAUCCAGCCAAGAUUUGAUGUGUUGUCUGAUAUAAAAGAUGUGUUGCAUGCAGAAAUAGUUCGUAGAUUUGGACUGAUUGAGCAAGUUAAACCGAUCGCCAUUGCCACGAUUUUGGAUCCAAGAUUUAAAAAUCUUCAUUUUAGCGAUCCAGUCGCUUGUUCAAGUGCGAUGGCAGAACUUAGAAGACUAUCUAAGCCAGAUAUAUCAUCCAGUGAAUCGGAAGGGGAGGUGACCACUUCUUUAGAAAAUGAAGAAAGUUAUGAUUUUUGGGCUCACCAUAAAAUGUUAACUCACGGCCAAAAAAAGAAAAAAUCAUCUUUAUUUGCAAAUGAUGAAUUAUCUUUGUAUCUUUCAAACCCCGUAUCUCCACUGAAGUCCAAUCCUCUAGAGCUAUGGGAAGAUAUGAAAACUGUUUUCCCUAUGUUAUACAAACAGUCAAGGAUAUCUUUUACUAUGGUUGCAACGUCGGUUCCAAGCGAAAGACUGUUUUCCAAAGCUGGAGGAGUUAUGACUAAAACAAGAAAUCGUCUAACAGGUUCUCGUUUAGAGAAAAUAUUACUGUUAGCAGAUUUACCCGAAGACCAAUGGUUUUGA